AUGCCUUCCUAUCGUUCCUCAACAGCGCUGCGCCUGCUCGCGAGCGCAGCUUCACUCUUGCUUCUCGCGACUCUGGCUUCUGCACAACCCUCGUCUUUCUUGAUAUCUAGCUCCGACUCUCUCUCAAGCAGCACAUCAAAACAUCCCAAGCAUGAUAAUUCCCCGUACAAGAAGCAGCUACGCGAAGAAUGGAGCUCCAUCAUGGGCUGGGUCUCCAUCGCUUGCUGGGUUUUGCCCUCUUUCAGUCAAAUGCACCAAAACUACGUCUCCAAGUCUGCCGAAGGCUUGAGUAUCACCUUUGUCAUCAUCUGGCUCGCAGGUGAUGCUCUCAACGCUGCAGGCGCUUGGUUCCAGGGCCUGCUUUGGACCAUGAUUGUCUUGGCGCUCUACUACUGCACCUGCGACUGCAUCCUCAUCUUCCAGUAUUGGUACUACCGAAAGUACUACCACCGCGGCAUCAAGAUCUCGACCAUCUCGGCUUCGCUUGAAGCCAACGAGCGCACCCCGCUCAUCGCCGACGGCAGCGUAAUUGACGACGAUCUCUCUUCCAAGGAUGAUGAUGACGACGACGACGAAUCGUCACUCCGCACGCAGCUCAUCCUGUACACGCUCGCCGCUCUUCUUGUCGUCGCUACCGGCGUCGCUGCUUGGUGGGUCGCCGAACACCACUACGGCUCGGACGACGACAACAGCCAGCCAGUCCCCAAGCCCGAACCCGAACCCGUCGGAUGGCGAUGGGACGCGCAGGUCGCAGGUUGGCUUUCCGCCAUCCUUUACCUGUCGUCGCGCGUUCCUCAGAUCCUCAAGAACCGCACGACGAAAUGUGAAGGUCUCUCGCUAGCCCUCUUCGUCUUCGCUGUCGCGGGCAACCUGACAUACGUCGCGAGCAUCUUGCUCAAAAGCACGCAGCACGACUAUCUCGUCGAGAGCUUCAGCUGGUUGGUGGGCAGCUUGGGGACUGUAUUUCUCGACUUUAUCGUGCUCGCCCAAUUCAUCCACUACCGGAAAGCCAGGAAGGACAUUCACAGGUUGAGGAGAUCCAGCAUUGCGCAGCACCAGCAGAGGCCCAGACUUGAGCCGCCGACCGCCUAG